AUGUAUCCAAAUGAUAGACACCGUACAAUUAAAGGACGACGUAAUCAAAUACGAAUAUUAUCCAAUGCGAAUCUACAAGAAAUUUUUCCAAUUGAGGAUAAAUUAUGUCGAAGCCAUCUUGAAUCACAAACAUCAAAUAAUAACGAAUCUACUGGUAGUAAAUCCAAUGAUGAUAUGGAGGUUGAUCUAAACUAUGAACUACCUGCUCUAGAUGUUCAAUUUGAGGAUAUUCAACGUGCAUUAGACAAAUUACGUCGAUUAAUAUCCGAAUUGAAUGUUUCACCAUCAUGGUAUAUUAUUCGAAAUCAAUGUAUUGAUCAAUUAUCUGAAAGAGCUUUACAGUACCAUAAACAAAAAUAUAAUGAAGCCACAUCUACUUUUAAAGAAAUUUAUUGUGAAUCAGUUGUUCCUGGUCAGGAUACCGCACUAAGAUCCAUGAUAACCGAUUCAUCUGAGAGUACUGAUUCAGAUGGUGAUGAUAAAAUUCCUGCACAUCUUAAAGUAUUAUAUGAUGCAUAUAAAUUUUCAAAAGAUGAGUUAGCUAAAGUCUUCGAAUGUACUAAACAUAAAAUUGAUUUAGCACGAGCUUAUCGACAGAAUUAUCAACCAUGUGGAACGAAACCAUUAUUAGUAAUAACACGUAAUCGUUUAAAUCCUAUUAAAGUUGAACAUUUUUUAGAUUUUCUUUUUUGCAAUAAUUUAUUGCAAGAUGUUGUAUGGGAUGAGCAAAUUACAAUAUGA